AAUAUCAUUCCAAGAUUCACUUGUAUAUUUUAAUUUGUAUUUAGCUCGAAAGAUAUGUAAAUACAAAUUUCAGCUCUUUGAUCACGUAUGAGUUUGCACACGACAAGCCACCAGAAGCAUAUGGUGAAACCGUACAGCGGUACAGACUAUACAUAUAAGAGUUGAAGCAAGAUGAUGAAACUAAGAGAAGGCAAUGGAGACAAAGCGGUUUGUGCUUGUGCAUGCGGUCUGCCACGGCGCGUGGAGUUGGUACAAGGUGAAAACACAGCUAGAGGCUGAAGGUCACUGUGUGACCGCGGUGGAUCUGGCUGCAUCCGGUAGAAACAUGACCAGGUUGGAAGAGAUUCAGACAUUGAUGGAUUACUCCAAACCGUUGCUUGAGUUUAUGAGCUCGCUUGGCUCGGAUGACGAAAAGGUGAUUCUUGUUGCUCAUAGUAUGGGAGGAAUACCCGCUGCACUUGCGGCUGAAAUUUUCCCUUGUAAGAUUGCUGCUAUGGUCUUCGUAACAGCUUUCAUGCCUGACACAAGAAACCCACCUGCUUAUGUUUUCGAAAAGCUAAUAAGAAGCACUCCACGAGAGGAAUGGUUGGACACCGUGUUUGGGAGAUACGGGAAUCCAGAUUGUCCUCUAGAGUCUAUUCUUUUGGGACCAACGUUCAUGGCUAAGAAAGUGUAUCAACUGUCUCCGGUAGAAGAUCUUGUAUUGGCGAAAUUGUUGGUAAGGGUGAACCCGUUGGUUACAACCAAUCUAGCAGGGACAAAAAGCUUUACUGAGGAAGGGUAUGGAUCGGUUACACGUACGUAUAUCAUAUGUGGAGAGGAUAAUAUAGUACCUGAGGAAUACCAACGUUGGAUGAUCAGUAACUUUCCGGUAAAAGAAGUAAUGGAGAUCAAAGAUGCAGAUCAUAUGGCAAUGUUCUCCAAGCCUAAGGAACUAUGUGCUCUUCUCUUGGAGGUUGCAAAUAAAUAACCAACUAUAGCUUCCACCACAACCAUAAACCAUAUAUGAGAAUAAAGAUUCAUAAGUGAGAACUGUAUUAAAUUGGGAAGCCGUAUGCAAGAAUGGUAAUGAAUAAGAUACGUGUAAAAAAAAAACUAUACGUAUCAGAAUUUAUUGCUUUUUAUGGUUGAAAACUUGAAAUAUAUAAGUAGAUAAAACUAAA